AUGCUGCAGGAAUACCCACCUUUGCAGCAUUUAUAUCAAGGCACUGUCAUUGGUAAUGAUGGCUCUCAGGGUGUUAUGAUAAUGCAUGAAGACAUGCGACAGCCAUUGUCCCAAUGCAUGCAAUUAUAUGCCGAUGGGACUUUCAAAAUGACAGCUCCGAUACGUGGAUUCCAGCAGGUUUACGCCCUCCAUUUCAGGAAAUUGGAUUCAGGGUUCCCGGCUAUCGUAGUUUUUGCAUCAGCUCAGACGACCUGUAUGUAUAACGCGAUAUGGGAAAAAGUAUUGGAGAUGAUUCCCUCUCUCAGAGAAAAUGUGACAACAUUAACCGGAGAUUUUGAAAUGGCCCAGAUCGAUAGUUUCAGGACUAAUUUCCCUCAAGCGAGAAUCUGUGGUUGUUUAUUUCACUACAAACAGUUCGAUGAAAGACAACGCUUAGUAGCGGAUGAUGAUGGUGAUGAAAGGGAUGGCCCUGACGAGGGUGCCCUGAAUAUAAAUCUGAAUGCUACUCCUGGUGCUACUACGGUCGUCACCUAA